AUGCAACCCCUGUGGCUCUGCUGGGCUCUCUGGGUGCUGCCCCUAACCAGUCCCGGGGAGGCCCUGACUGAGCAGCAGGUUCUGGGCAGUCUGCUGCAGCAGCUGCAGCUCAGCCAGGUACCCAUCCUGGACAAGGCUGAUGUGGAGGGGUUGACCAUCCCUGCUGACGUGCGGGCCCAGUAUGUGGCCCUACUGCAGCGCAGUCAUGGGGACCGCUCCCGUGGGAAGAGGUUCAGUCAGAGCUUUCCAGAGGUGGUUGGCAAGUUCCUGGUGUCCGAGGCUGCCCUCCGCAGGCACGAGCGAAACGCCUGGGCUCGGGUCACCAUUGAAUGGCUGCGCUUUCGCGACGAUGGCUCCAACCGCACCUCUCUCAUCGACUCCAGGCUGGUGUCCAUCUACGAGAGCGGCUGGAAGGUCUUCGACGUGACCGAGGCCGUGAACUUCUGGCAGCAGCUGAGACGGCCCCGGCAGCCUCUGCUGCUGCAGGUGUCGGUGCAGAGGGAGCACCUGGGUCCGGGGGCCUCCAGCGCCCACACGCUGGUCCGCUUCUCCGCGCAUGGGGCACUGGGCGCUGAGCAGACCCAGCCCCAACUGGAGUUGCACACGCUGGAUCUCAAGGACUACGGAGCUCAAGGCAAUUGUGACCCUGAGGCACCAGUGACGGAGGACACCCGCUGCUGCCGCCAACAGAUGUACUUGGACCUCCAGGGGAUGAAGUGGGCUGAGAACUGGGUCCUGGAGCCCCCAGGUUUCCUGGUCUAUGAAUGUGUGGGCAGCUGCCUGCAGCCCCCAGAGCCUCUGACCUUCAAGUGGCCAUUUCUGGGGCCACGACAGUGCAUUGCCUCAGAGACAUCCUCACUGCCCAUGAUUGUGAACAUCAAGGAAGGAGGCAGGACCAGGCCCCAGGUGGUCAGUGUGCCCAACAUGCGGGUGCAGAAGUGCAGCUGUGCCUCAGAUGGGGCUCCUGUGCCAAGGGGUCUUGAGCCAUAGGCCCUGGUGUAGCCAUGAAGGGACUUAGCUUCUGUGUGGGUGUGUGUGUGAAGUGUUCUAGGGCCCCAGAGAGACUGAACCCUGAAGGACUAAUGCUCUGUGUUUCAACUGAGCUCUGGAUUUGUUUCCUCUGACAUGUCAGCUCACUUCCUAAAAUUUGCUUCCCAGGAGUGAGACUCUUUGGCCACUGGGUAGCCCCUGCACUAUAUUCUAAGCACUUACAUGUAUAGAUACUAUAACAUAUGGGCAGAAAACCCCAAAUUUUCAUUGUUUCCUUGUCCUGUUACUGGGUCUGGGCUGAGAUCCAGCCUCAACUCUUAACCUAAGACCUGCAUUUAAGUGUGGAUUAUGCAUCACCCAGACAAUCAGGGCUUUGCAAGACACAAAUAAAACACAUUUUAUUCUGUAAUUUUAUACUUGUCUAUUUUAACCAAGUUCUGCAAAUUGAUGAGGGCACAGAAAGUUCUACAGAGAAUAGGUCAACUUGAUUGGAAUACUAAGGAAAUAGCUUAAUUUGGCCAAGGCUUGGUUAAGGUCUUAAGUAAUUUAGGAAGUUAGAAUUAAAUAC